AUGGAUCCUUUCAGUGCCGAAGGCGAGCUCGUCAAAAUCCACACCGCAUUCAUCCAGGGCCAAUACCAAUCCGUCCUCUCCGACUACGACCCUUCUGCCUUCUCCCCCGAAAACAAACUCCCAAUCCAAAUCCUCCAACACCGCGCCCAAUGCGCUCUCGGUCAAUAUGACCAAGUCCUCGAAUCCAUACCCGAAAGCGACGCCAAAGCCACACCAGACCUCGCAGCCAUGCGGACGUACGCUUCCUUCCACAAGAACCCCAGCGCCGAGAGCAAGAGUGUCGAAGCAGCAGAGCAGCUAGCAGAAUCCGCAGGCGACAACCUCUCCGUGGAGAUCCUCUGCGGCACCAUCCUCGCGCGAGCCGGAAAGCAAGACCAAGCCCUCCAACUGCUCAGCAGACACCAAGGGUCCCUCGAUGCCGUGGCGCUCAUCAUCCAGAUCCACCUCGCGCAGAACCGAACCGAUCUCGCGCUCAAAGAGGCCAAAGCCGCGCGCUCCUUCGCCCAAGACGCCCUGCUCGUCAACUUGGCGGAAUCCUGGAUCGGUGUGCGUCAGGGUGGGGAGAAUUAUCAGAAGGCUUUCUAUGUGUUCGAGGAGUUGGCGCAAGCACCUAGUAGUGCGAGUGCCACGAGUUUGAUCCAGCAAGCCGUGAGUGAGUUGCAUAUGGGACGGGUGGAAGAGGCGGAGACGGCGUUGGAGCAGGCUUUGGCGCUGGAGCCGGAGAAUGCGCAGGCCGUUGCUAAUAAGUUGGUGCUGGAUACGAUUUUGGGAAAGGAGGGUAGUGAGUUGAUGGGUAAGUUGAGCCAGGUGGAUGCGGAGCAUGAGAUGCUGGUGGACAAGAAGGCGAAGAGGGAAGCAUUUCAGACGGCGAUGGCGAAGUAUACACCCAAGUUCGAGCCUUGA